AGACUGUCGCAAAGGCUAGCUAAGUUUGACAGCUGUGUUGUGUAUAAAGAGAAGAACGUUAAAUGGCGAAAAGCGCAGCGGUUCUGGCCUCCUCCGUGUAGGCUGAUUAAGAUGUUAAUAACGCUGUCGUACGUCUACCUGUGGGUGCGCUUCCAUAAGUGCUAUUCGGUGCUGAUCCGUAAUAGUCUGUUCAGGCUGAACAGCAGCAGCUUCAGCUUCACCUUCACACUGUGCUCCAGCUCGGCCUCACCUACAGACACAGCACCGCCGACUACACAGAACAGGAGCGUACACAGACAGACCAGUCCGCCUCCACCCGAGGACAACGUCUUCCUUCAGCUGGGAGAUAAGGCAGUCUAUGUCACCGAGCCUCAGGCAUGUGACGACCUCAGCAAAUGGACUGUGUUGUUUGGCUCCUCGCUUGUUUGUGGUCCAUGCAUAGAGAAUGUUUCAUUCAUCAUAGAAGCUACAGGACACAGAGCAGCCUAUCACUCUCCUCAUACAACCAAUAAAAAAGUGCUGAAGUGGUCUGACUACUGCCUUCCUCUGGCCUGUUACCCUGGUCAGCCCUUCAAAGCAGUGGCUCAGGCCAGUGUGGAUAACUUCAGCCGGCUGGGGGUGGCCUUUAUUGAAGAUCGCCUUCAGCUAGAUGAUGGACUUAUGCCUUCAAAGAUAAUUCCUGUCCUCCUCCAAGAGUCUACUCUGAGCCAGUUGUUAGAGAAGCAGCAUCUGCAGUGCCUGAACGCUGUCACAUCACUACAGCUCUGCAGCAGCCAGGCAGCAAAGGUCCGGCCUGAAUCUUCACCUUGUCGUCUGUCAGUCGAUCACCAGCCCCUACAGUGCCGCAAAGGCAGCCUCCGCCUUUCCCCAGAGGCUAGGAAGAGGCUCGAGGAGCGGCGGGGAUCAGAACCACUCCGCGGCACACAGGAUCUGGGUUCUGUCUGUGCUUCUGAGGACCACUCAUUGGGGAAUCAUCACCACAUGGAGGGGCAUGGACACCACCUCCAUCUGUCUAGUUGUCAUGAGUGUUUAGAGCUGGAGAACAGCACCAUCCUUUCUGUCAAAUUUGCCUCUGCUGAGAACAUUCCAGACCUUCCUGACGAUAACUCGAUAGAACUGGAUAGCGGAGAUGAAACUCUAGAUGAGCUUGAGCAAGACAGCAAAGGUUUUUGUCAUCAAAGUGGCAGACUUGACUGUACUGGCAAACCACCAAAUGUCCUGGUCUACACAGGCGGCUGUCAGGCUCGUUUUGAGGUGGUUCGCCAAGUUUUAGCAGACUGUAUAAACAUGGAAAACUACAUAAUUUAUCCCCUCACACCACAACAGGCUCUAAAUGAUCCGUGGUUGGACAACACCAGGCUUCUGGUACUAGCAGAGGAGGAAGCCUUAACCCCUCAUCUGCAGACCCGCUUUCUCACCUACCUAAGCCAAGGAGGUAGGGUCCUUGGACUGGCCUCCAGCCUCUGCCCUGCAGGACUGUCUCUGGGGAUUAGAAAGAGGAAGCAGGGGCAUGUCUGCAGGCUGAGCUUCACCAGAGAAGACAACACAGAACUGGAACUGAGUGUGUUAGACAGUGGGAAGGUGUUCAUCAGGGACACCCAGGGUGGGGGCGAAGUGGAGCUGUGGGGUGAGCUGAAAGGGGAUGUCCUUCAUCAGAGGGCUAUGGUUAUUGUCAGAGUCACACACGGAGAAGAUGGUGGCGAAGCUGUCCUCUGUCAGGUCCACUUGGAAAUGUCUCCUGACUGCCAGAAUGUAACAUCUGAGGGUUUUGAUGAACUGAAAGUCAGCAAUGCGCUGCGUUAUGAAGUCUUGACAGAAAUCCUCACCUCUCUGGGCCUCAGCUGUGACCUGAACCAGACUUUACCACCAAGCCCUGUUUACCUGCUCGCCUCUUCUCAGGAAACCAAAGUCAGGUCCCUGAAGUGGCUGAAGACACGAGCAGAUUAUCAAGGCAUCCUCACAUUGCCUAAGGCCUCCCUCAGGAUGGUCUCCUGUUCAGAACAGCAGGAUGAGUCUCUGCAGCCUGAAGGCACCGUUUCCCUUCUCAUCGACUCCUCUGAGUCCCAGUUGGAGCACUUCAGUAUGGAGACCUACUGCCACAACCUUAAGACCAGCCUACUAGGGCACACCUUGUUCUACGCUGAGGUUGUCACGUCUACCAUGGACCUGUUAGAGGGGUUGUCCCUGCAUUCGCCAAAGGAAAUGAGUCUGAUAGCAGUAGCAGCUCGACAGAACCGGGGGAGAGGUCGCAGCAGGAAUGAGUGGCUCAGCCCUCUUGGCUGUGCUAUGUUCACUGUCAGCGUCCAGGUGGAGUUGGGCUCCAGACUCGGACAGAGGAUUCCCUUCCUACAGCAUCUUGCAGCUUUAGCUGUUGUCGAGGCUGUUCGCACACUUCCUGGUUACGAGGACAUAGACCUGAGGGUGAAGUGGCCUAAUGACAUCUACUACAGUAACCUGAUGAAGCUCGGAGGAGUCCUGGUCACUUCCACUGUGAUGGGCUCCACCUUUCAUCUGCUGAUAGGUUGCGGCUUCAAUGUGACCAACAGCAACCCAACUGUUUGCAUUAACGACCUGAUCCAGCAGUACAACAUGCAGAACAGCUGUAGUCUGCAGCUGCUCAGCUGUGCCCAGCUCAUUGCUCGAACUGUCACCAUCCUGGAGGAAUUCAUCAGUAGCUUCCAACAAAGAGGCCCAGACGCUAUCCUGCCCACCUACUACAAGAGAUGGCUGCACAGUGGGACUCAGGUCCGUCUCUGGAGCGAGGACGGAUUGGAGGCCGAGGUGGUGGGUCUGGAUCAAAACGGCUUCCUCCAAGUCCACAGCAAGGAGCAGGGCAUGGUCUCAGUGGAACCUGAUGGAAAUUCCUUUGACAUGCUGAAGAAUCUGGUAGUUAUGAAGCAGCAUUAGGACCAAAUUCAACAACAACCAGAACUUUCAUCUGUUUUUAAAUUGAAAUAAUUAGUUCGACAGAAAUGUUCAUGUAACCAUACAAAUAUAUGCUGGUUUUCUAAUUCAGUAAUGCAUCACUAAAUGUGUUUCCUCUCAUUAAUGGAACUGUCUGUUAGCUUGUCUUAAUGUAAACCUGGCAUAUACUGUUGUCAGUUGGGGUUAUCUGGUCACAACAUACGGAUACUGUAUUAAAAACGAGUUUGAAGCUGAAAAAUGGAAUUUUACAGACCUCAGACUUCCUUCCCUUUAUGCUACUUCAUAAUCCUGUUGGAUCAUCAUGUGCUGGUCUGGGACCAUCGACUUAAACUGUUAUCUGACAUCCUGUAUUACUUUCUCAGAACAUCAAAUAUCCUAACCUUACCUGAAUGUCUAACUUAAGUUCACACCAGGCCACUUACAUUUUUGGAGUGGGGUAAUAUCCUGUCAUCAUCAUCUACAUGUCCUGUGUCCCUCUUUAUAAAUGUGUCUGACAUGCAUGUUGUUUUUCAGUCUUCCAUUCAUUUUUCUUACAUAACUUCCUCUGAUUGGUCUAUAAACCCAAACUAUUCAAAAAGUGUUUUCAGACUGUAAAUCAGUUGAACCGUUUAGUUUUUUCCCAGAUCAAAAUCAGCUCUUUUGCUCGGACCAGAGACCAGCUGUUCAGUCCCCACCAUGGUCCAGGGGAGAUUUCACAACUGCAAAUUUGGUUCACAUCAAACUGUCACAUCUCAAAGUUUGGACCAAGCGAGGCAGGUGUUAAAGCACCUUACACUUAGUCUAGACCAAAAUGUCCUAACCAGAAUACUAGAAAUCCACUUUAUUGGUCAUUGUUUGAAAUAGUCCUAAACUUAUUCUUGUCCUGAUUUUACUGAGACGCUUUCCUGAAGGAAGAUGACAGUUAAUCCAGGACUGAAUUGAGGCUUACAUGAUACCUCUCAGGAGACAGGUUUAACUUUAGAUUAACAUGGUUUCUCAGAGAAGCCACAUUAAUUACUAUGGGAGGGGUGAGGUAGAGGAUGGAAGUACUGUACAAAUGUACCACCAUUUACCACAGACACUGAGAAGGACAUGCAUUUUUGCAUGGGCCACUCGAAGUACAGAUCUUUUGACAUACCUUACCUUGUUAUCUCUUUGCAUGUUCAGAUGCAUUUUCGUGUCCUCAGCAAAUAAAUUAUAUUUUGAAAGUUAAAAGGUAUAUUUUGUCUGGUAUGUUACAGGACACCCCUAACAAAAGUUGUUGUGUUGUUCUUGCAAAUGCAUGUAUAUUUGCAUUGAAUUCAUUCCACACAGACAUGCGCACAUUCCUUGUCUUUGAUUCUACAGCUGAUGUGUGAUGUUUUUAUCAGCAGUGAUGGAGUUUUGAAGCUAUUUGCUUUUAAAGAGUUUUCUCAAGUGCAGUAAAGCUUUUUUGAUCAGUC